AUGUCACAUUUAUUCAAUAAAGAUGCAAAUAAUCAAAAAGAUGAUGACCAUAUUGAUGAAAAACAAAGAAUACAUUCUUACAAGAUGAAUAAUCAAAGCUCUAAUAUAGAUAGGUUAUGGUCGAGUGAUCUUUUUGAUGCUCAAGAUAGAUUUCAAUAUAUGAAUAAUCAUCAAAGUUCAAAUAAAAAUUGGUUAUGGUCAAUUGGUUUAAUUACUUUAUUGAUAUGGGGUUCAAGUUUCUUAGUUUUAGGUAUUGCAAGAUUAAGAGAAUCAUCAGUUCAAUUGAAACAAUUGGAAAUUCUGACACAGAGUUCAACAUCAUCAAUUAAAAACAUUCUGAGAGGUUAUAAAGAUGAUCAAGAAGUAUUAACUUUAGGUUCUGAUAAAGUUUUAGGUUUUGAUGAAAUUAGAAAUUCAAGUUUCAGUGCAAAUUUUAAACCAAUUCAAUGGAUCUCAGAACCAGACUCUUUAACAAAUGAUAAAGGUACUUUUGUAACUUUUGACAAUGAUUUAUAUUUAAUUAAAUCUGUUUAUGAUAAAGAAUAUGAAAAUUUAUUAUAUAAUGGAUCAAAGAUAACUGUUAAAAAUGAAGAGUAUGAAAUUGAAAGAUUAGUUGCAAGUCCAAAUUUAAAAUAUGCUUUAAUUUCAACAAAUCAUUCUCAAAAUUGGAGACAUUCUUCAUUUGCAUUUUAUUGGAUCUUAAAUGUUGAAACUCAAGAAAUUUCCAAGUUACAUGAGGAUAAAAUUUCAAUUGCUAAAUGGUCACCAAUCUCAGAUAAAGUUGCAUUUGUCCUUGAAAAUAAUAUUUAUGUUUAUGAUUUAUCAACCCAAAAUACAAAUCAAUCAACCUUUGAUGGUGAUGCUCAAGUUUUCAAUGGUAAACCUGAUUGGGUUUAUGAAGAAGAAGUUUUAGAAGGUGAUUCUGCUUUAUGGUGGUCACCAAAUGGUGAAUUCAUUUCAUUUUUAAGAGCUAAUGAUACUUUAGUUUCAGAAUUUCAAAUUCCAUAUUUUGUUCAAGGUGAUGCAAAAGAUGUUUAUCCAGAAGUUAGAAGUUUAAAAUAUCCAAAACCUGGAUAUAAUAAUCCUGAUGUUUCUGUGGGGGUGAUUAAUGUUAAUAAACAAACGACUGAAUUGAUUGGUUAUAAAUAUGGUAUUUUCACUGAAAUUUUAUGGGUUGGUAACGAUCAAUUAUUAAUUAAGGCAACAAAUAGAGAAUCUGAUUUUUUAAAAGUUGUCUUAGUUAAUGCUCAAGAUUUAUCUUUUGAAAUUGUUAGAGAUGAAGUUACUGAUAGUUGGUUUGAAAUAACUCAUGACACUUUGUUUAUUCCAAAAUCAACUGGCCCUGAUGCAAUUCGUGAAGAUGAUGGUUAUUUAGAUACUAUCUCUGUUAAUGGGUUUAAUCAUUUAGCUUAUUUCUCACCACCAAAUAAUUCAACACCAAAAAUUUUAACUCAAGGUGAUUGGGAAGUUGUUAGUGCACCAAGUGCAUUUAAUUAUGAAAAAAAUUUGAUUUAUUAUAUUUCUACAAAAAAAUCUUCAAUUGAAAGACAUUUAUAUUCAUUAAAUUUAAUCACUGGUGAGACUGAACAAUUGACUAAAGGUGAAGGUUGGUUUAGUGCUUCAUUUUCAUCAGGUGCAAGAUUUGUUUCAUUAAGUUAUAGAGGUCCAAAUAUUCCAUAUCAAAAACUUGUUGAUUUAGAAACUGGUGAAGAUGAAUUUUUAGAAGAUAAUGAUAAAUUAUCUCGAUUAUUAGAUACUUAUGAUUUACCAAUUCGUACUUAUGGUGAAGUUGAUAUUGGUACUGCUAUUGUUAAUUAUGUUGAAAGAUUACCACCACAUUUUGAUGAAAAUAAAAAAUAUCCAGUGUUAUUUUUCGUUUAUGGUGGUCCAAAUUCUCAACUGGUUACAAAAACAUUUGGAUUCCAAUUCCCAGAUGUUGUUGCAUCACAAUUAAAUGCAAUUGUUGUGACUGUUGAUGGUCGUGGUACUGGAUUUAAAGGUCGUCAAUUUAGAUCUAUAGUCAGAGAUAAAUUAGGUCAUCAUGAAGUUAUUGAUCAAAUCUUAGCUGCAAAGAUAUGGGCAAGGAAAUCUUAUGUUGAUGAAUCGAGAUUUGCUAUAUUUGGUUGGAGUUAUGGUGGUUAUAUGACUUUGAAAACUCUUGAGUUAGAUGCUGGUAAUACUUUCCAAUAUGGAAUGUCUGUUGCACCAGUUACAGAUUGGAGAUUUUAUGAUUCUGUUUAUACUGAAAGAUAUAUGCAUACACCUGAAAAUAAUUCAAAAGGUUAUGAAAGAUCAUCAGUUUCUAAUGUUACAAGAUUAAGUGAAACUACAAGAUUUUUAUUAUGUCAUGGAACUGGUGAUGAUAAUGUUCAUUUCCAAAAUUCAUUAAAAUUCUUGGAUGAUUUAAAUUUAGCAAAUGUUGAAAAUUAUGAUGUUCAUAUUUUCCCUGAUUCUGAUCAUGCAAUUCGUUAUCAUAAUGCAAAUGUUAUCAUUUAUGAUAAAUUACUUUUAUGGUUGAAGAAGGCAUUUAGAGGAGACUAUAUAAAUUAUGACUAA